AUGAUUGAGGAUCAUAAGAAAAUGAUGGGAGAUAGAGAUAAAAUUUUAAAGGCAAUGCAAUUAGCAUUAUUUCAACUAGAACAAAUAAUGCGCAACAGUGGAAUUAAUGACAAAAAGAAACUUCAGCAAAAUCUUGAGAUAUUUGGCAUCCUAGUUUAUACAGGAUUUCAUUUUCUAUGCGAUGCAUUACUAUGA